GAAUAGGGACGAAGGAAAGCAAAGCAAAUUGGGCGACAUUGGAAUUUCCAAAAGCGAACCAGGAUCCUGUGUCCUCGUAUUGGUAUCCUCUCUCCGGGCGAUUCCAGCGAAGCCAUUUCUCCCCCGGCGUGAACUCCCUAGUCCUCCUUUCUCUCCCUUGCGGCAUCUUCUAAGUCCCUUUCCUGUCUCCAUUAAUUUUCCCCCAACCUAACCAUUUCUCACCCACUCCCCACUCCAGUCUUCCUCGUUCCGCUGAAAACCCCCCCUCAUUUCUAGCUUCCUCUCUUCAUGGUGUUGCUCUCCUCUGGCCUUUCUCCACCAGACAAUCGAUUCCCGGCGCAAUGUACGGUGGCCAGGAUCUGAUUUUCCCAACACUGAUCAAGCUCCACUCCCCUCAAGCCCAACACCACCACUCUGAUUACUCUUCUUCUUCUUCUUCUUCUUCUUCCAUCCUCGUCGGCGGCAUCUUCCUCGACCGCGAAACAGUUCUCCCUUCCUUCUUCUCCUUGAAACCGAAUCAGCCUGGCUCCUCUCGCUGCUCGGGCCUCUCCAGGAAUUUGAGGCUUGAAGUCGAUGGCCGCCUGCCAUCGCACCGGCAGCGGCGGCGGCGGCAGAGGGGAAGGGAUGCACUGGCGUUUCUUUCUGUAAGUUUGUCGAUAAAACAGGGCGACGAAGAGUUUGUUGGGGAACGGCAGGGAAGCUUGGCUCAGAAUGGGGAAGACAAGAAUUUGGAGGAGGAAGGGGUUGGCACAUUUCUCGCUGCUGAGACGGAGAAGGGGGUUGAUAACGAGAAGAAUAAGAAUAAGAAGGGGGUUGUGCGGAAUUCCGGAUCAGCGGCUUUCAAUACUACCAAGCAUCUCUGGGCUGGCGCCGUUGCAGCUAUGGUUUCCAGAACCAUUAUAGCACCACUGGAGAGAUUGAAGCUGGAGUACAUAGUUUGUGGCGAGAAGGCACAUAUAGUUGAACUGACCAGGAAAAUUUUCUUAACUCAAGGGGUCAAAGGUUUUUGGAAAGGCAAUUUGGUCAAUAUUCUUCGAACUGCUCCCUUUAAGGCUAUAAACUUUUACGCAUAUGAUACAUACAGAAAAACGCUACUGAAAUGGACUGGGAAUGAGGAAACCACAAACUUUGAGAGGUUUGUUGCAGGUGCAGCAGCUGGCGUUACUGCUUCUUUGCUCUGCUUGCCUUUGGACACUAUAAGGACCAAGAUGGUAGCACCUGGUGGCGAAGCAUUGGGUGGCGUAAUUGGGACAUUUCGUUACAUGAUCCAGACUGAAGGCUUCUUCUCACUUUACAAGGGCUUAGUACCUUCAUUAGCAAGCAUGGCUCCUGCGGGUGCAGUAUUUUAUGGUGUUUACGAUAUACUCAAGACAGGAUAUCUUCAUUCGCCCGAGGGGAAGGCGAGAAUUCAACACAUGAACCAAGAAGGGCAGGAGCUGAAUGCCUUUGACCAGCUGGAGUUGGGCACCUACAGGACUCUGCUCUAUGGUGCGAUUGCAGGUUGUUGCUCUGAGGCUGCUACUUAUCCAUUUGAAGUUGUGAGGAGACAGCUUCAAAUGCAAGUCCGAGCCACGAAGAUGAAUGCAGUGGCAACUUGUUUGAAGAUAGUUGAGCAUGGAGGCAUUCCUGCUCUAUAUGCUGGAUUAGUACCAAGCUUGUUACAGGUUUUACCUUCUGCUGCGAUAAGUUAUUUUGUGUACGAAUUCAUGAAGAUAGUGCUGAAAGUGGAUUCUUCAUAGACAAGCUUUUGCUGCAACAAACAACACUCAAAAUUUUAUAAAAGAAUAUCUCUAUAACCCUGGUACCCUAUUUCCCCAUCCUUUCCUGCUUCUUUGUUGUGGUUCUGAGAAGCCUUCAUAAUGCCACUGAAAAUCAGUGUGGUUUCUUAGAAUGUCUUCGGUUUUGAAGAGUAGAAAGUAGGAACAGUUUGAGGUCGUUUUUAUUCUCAACUCUAGCCAUCCUAAUUUGGGCAGCUUCACUUCACAGAAUCCUAACGAUAGUGUCUUCUUCUUCUUCAUCGAUCCUCCUGAAAUAAAAUGAGAAACAUACUUCUUUUAUUCUCCUGGGACUUUCUUAUGAUGGAUAAUGUAUCAGAUCUACAUGUGGUAAUGUUUAACUUCUUCUGGCCAUGCCAAUGGAGAUUCAAUGGCUUUGGCACAUGCUUACAAAAGCUAUUGUAAGCAUCCUUGCGA